AUGUCCCCGCCGGUGGCAGCGCUGAGCCCGGAGCAGAAGCAGGAGCUGGCCACCAUCGCCCAGCGCAUCGUCGCCCCCGGGAAGGGAAUCCUCGCCGCCGAUGAGUCCACCGGCAGCAUCGCCAAGCGCCUGAGCUCGGUGGGGGUGGAGAACACGGAGGAGAACCGGCGCUGGUACCGGCAGCUGCUCUUCACCGCUGACAGCCGCGUGGACCCCUGCAUCGGUGGGGUCAUCCUCUUCCACGAGACCCUCUACCAAAAAGCGGACGAUGGGCGUCCCUUCCCCCAGGUCAUCCGCAGCAAGGGCGCCCUCGUCGGCAUCAAG